AAAGAAAAUUAACUGGUUGGGCAACAUCAGUGGGUGGGACUAAUUUUUUUGCUUUCAGCCUGACACUGCACUGAUGGUUACGGUUAAAGAGUGAGAGUUUAAUUUACCCAAGUGUUUGCAGAAGGAAGUAUCUGCCCAGUCGGCAGCCUCUGGGACCUCAAAAGCCCUGGGCCAAGAAGGCACGUGGGGAAAUUGUCUCCAUCGUCACUGAGAGGAUGCUGCAGCAGGGGAACAAACUGCCUAGGAUGCCAAACACUCCAGAGGAUGGCGUGUGCUCCUUGGCGCUGCCCUCGGACAAGCAGCUGGACAGGAAGAGCGAGGCUCCCGACGCCGCCGAGGGGUUCAAGAGCGCCCGGGUGCAAGAGCAGGUCCGCAUGAGGAUGCUGCAGAAGAGCCACUCGGCCCCCAGGACCAACGGAGCAAUGCAGGACUACGCCGAGCUGAAAGGCGGAAACUCCACCAAUGGCCAAUGCAGCACUCUGCAGCAGCACUACAGCUCCAGAUCCCAGACAAAUGGCACAGCCCCCAAAAGCUCUCUGUACCAACCACCAGCUGGAAAGAAAGGUUACAGCACCGUGAAAACUACUAGCUGGUCCUCGCGCUCAGCGGUGGACCUCAGUCCCAACAAGAGAAUGGCCUCCAUCAGCAAUGGCGUUGGGCCAAAGGGCCUGGCUUAUAGCCCAAAUUACACGCUGUCUCAGUCUGCCAGCACUGCCCCCCGCCCCAGGUCUUUUCAUGAGCGGAACUACCGGGGGCAUCAGAACUAUGACACCAUGUCCCUGCGCUCCCUGCGCCUGGCGGAUGGGCCAGGCAGUCCUGGGGGUGUAGAUGACCACUACAGCAUUGUGUCUGAGCAGCUGGAUCCACUGGCCCAGGCAGCUCUCUACAAAAACCGGGCAGGUGGCGGCUUCAGCAGAUCCUACACCUUUGAAAGGCAGAUGAGCGCCGGCUCCAACGCCGGCAUGAAGGGGCCCAUCGAUUGGAUGGAUGGUGUGGAGGCACCGCAGAACAGGCCCGUCAUCCGUGCACCGGCCAUGCGCACCUUGCAGCGCUUCCAGAGCAACAACCGCUCCCGCCUUAGCACGGGCACCUACGGUGCGGUCCAGGCUUCUCAGGUCGGGAGCUCCUAUGCAGGAAUGAUGGAACGCAGUUCCCGUGCCCCCUCUGUGCGCAGCUUGGCUGACUCCAACCACCAUUUGCAAGACCUGCGUGCCAUUGACAUGUACGAUGGUCACAACACACUGAUGUCCCAGCAGUCCUUCUCUGGAGGGUUUGAUGACAUUGAUCUCCCUUCUGCGGUGAAAUACCUGAUGGCCAGUGACCCCAACUUACAGGUUCUUGGAGCUGCCUACAUCCAGCACAAAUGCUAUAGCGACAAUGAUGCCAAGAAACAGGCUCGCAGCCUCCAAGCCGUGCCCAAACUAGUGAAGCUCUUCAACAACUCCAACCAUGAGGUGCAGCGCCAUGCCACUGGAGCCAUGCGUAACCUCAUCUAUGACAAUGCUGAAAACAAGCUGGCCCUGGUGGAAGAAAAUGGGAUCUAUGAGCUGAUGCGCACUUUAUGCGAGCAAGAUGAUGAGUUGCGCAAGAAUGUCACAGGCAUCCUCUGGAAUCUGUCUUCCAGCGAUAACCUCAAGGACCGCCUGGCACGUGACACGCUGGAGAAGCUCACAGACCUGGUCUUGAUUCCCCUGUCUGGGACAGGCAAUGCUGCUCUUAUCCAGCAAAAUGCCUCAGAAGCAGAAAUCUUCUACAAUGCUACUGGCUUCCUCAGGAAUCUUAGCUCUGCCAGCCAGCAAACUCGUCAGAAGAUGCGUGAAUGCCAUGGGCUGGUAGACUCCAUGGUCAAUUACAUUAACAGUUCACUAGAAGUAGGGAAGUCAGAGGACAAGAGUGUAGAGAAUGCUGUCUGUGUACUGCGCAACCUCUCCUACCGUCUCUAUGAUGAGAUGCCUCCUUCUGCACUCCAGAGACUGGAAGGCCAAAGGAGGGGCGAGGGGCCAACCAUGACUAGCGAGCUGGUUGGAUGCUUCAGCCCACAGAGCAGGAGAGCUCGAGAGCUCCACAUGAACUCAGACAUUGUGACUUUCACAGAGGUCUCCAAGGAUCCCAAAGGGAUGGAGUGGCUGUGGAACCCUCAAAUUAUAGGAGUGUACAACAGGCUGCUACAGAGAUGUGAACUAAACAAGCACACCACGGAGGCAGCCUCUGGGGCUCUUCAGAACAUCACAGCAGGGGACCGGAGGUGGGCUGGUGUCCUCAGCAGAGUGGCUUUGGAGCAAGAGAGGAUCCUGAACCCAGUGCUGGACAGAGUCCGCACAGCUGACCAUCACCAACUUCGUUCGCUGACGGGUCUGAUUCGGAAUCUCUCCCGGAAUGCGCGCAAUAAGGAUGAGAUGUCAACCAAGGUGGUGAGUCAUUUGAUCGAGAAGCUCCCAGGCAGCUCUGGAGAGAAGUGGCCUCCAACAGACGUGGUUGUCAACAUUAUUGCUGUACUGAACAACCUGGUUGUGGAAAGCCCCGUUGCUGCACGUGACGUUGUCUAUUUUGAUGGCCUGCGGAAGCUAUUCUACAUCAAGAAGAAAAGGGACAGCUCAGACAGUGAGAAGUCAUCGAGAGCCGCUUCUAGCCUCCUGACCAACAUGUGGCAGUACAGCAAGCUCCAUCGGGACUAUAAGACGAAGGGCUAUCGAAAAGAAGACUUUGUUGGCCUGUAAAGAAAAGGGAAUGCAGAAAUGGACUGUCCAGCCCUAACCCUUCAUGAAAUUUGUACGUGGAUCACCAUUAUGGACUGUGGCGCUGCUGCACGAAGCUUGCCCUCUGCAGCUUCCCUCCUUUUUAUAGAUCUCAGGCCAAUUUGGCUGGUGUGCCUUAUUUUUGCAUUAUUCAUUAGUGUUUGUUUUUUCAAGCCUGCUGGAAACUCUUCUUCUGCUGGCCAUCUUAUCUCCAUAAAAACAAAUCUUAACUGUAAAGCCGUGAGUCAGCAUCCAGGCAAAUUCUCAGGACUCUCCUUCUCCUUCACGUCUUGUACUGGAUGCCCUUGGAUCCCCAGUCAUUAUUUGAAAUUCACGAACACAUGUCAUGGCAGGACUUCCAGUCUUGGGAAGGAUGCUGAGGGGCCUUCCUUCUUCCUCCCAAAAGUCUUGCUGUUUGUAGGUCACUCCCCAGUCCCCACCAUCCUCUGUGAACCCCCAAAAUGAUGGGCUUCCUUUUCACUUUUAAAGAUCUAGGAUAUCUUCUUUUCUUGAGGCAUGGAUCAAUUUUAAUGAGAACUAUAAGCUCUACACAUAUGACACCAGUUUCUGGUGAUACUGAACCUGUUAAUGGAAUUUUGAGGGAUAAAUGCAAUGUUUAAAGUUCGCACUGGCCAAAAAGUAGGGCAAGAAUGCUUUGGCAUAUAGUUUUAUGGUGGAAUUGGGUGGCGGAUCCUUUCAUUUUAAUUAGUUUGUAUGGUCAAUAGCAGGAAUCCUGAAGACAGGAUUUUUCUGGAGCCACACAUACUGUAUAUGUGUACUGUUUCUGUUUGGGUGAUAGUGCUGGUAAAGUAAGAGGUGGGUGGGAUUAUGCAAAAAGGGUGCUGGCUGGCUUAGAACCUGCUGGGGUAAAAGAGGUCCUUAGGCUGGUCUCUGGCCAGCUUUGCUGUGGUUUGUGCAAAAUGUUACUUUGGCUCUAUGCUGGCAGGAAUGCCUUGGUGGCUAUAAAGUGCCAGGUAUUGGCCCACUGAACUGUAUUUGAUUCUAGGGUAAAACCAACAGCCUUGAUCUAAAGUGCUAGGCCCUGUCAAAUGAGCGAACACUGGCUGGGAUAGAAUAUGUUAAGGCACAAGAUGACCGGAUUAAAGUUUUAGUAAAAUUAAGCUGUCUUUUGUGUGCCAGUAUUCUACAUGAAGGAAGUUACAUAACAACUAACUCACGGUAGCUUUCACUCAGGGUACAUCCUUCCUGCAGUCGAAUGGCAGAUUACUGGAAUGUCAUCAGAAUGUUGGCUAAAGGGGAAAUUACUACAGAGGCUCUGAUGGCAGACACACAAUGGUUAUGGCUGUAAUCUGGUACUGUACCUGUUUAGUCCAAUGGUGAAGCUGGAGGCUGUAGGAUCUGGUACUAGUCCCAUUACAUGCCAUGUCCACCAACCUGACAGGCUUUUUUCACUGCCUAGCUGAAAGCCAUUGAUUGAGAAGGUUUCUCUUACUGGAGUAGUUUGCACUGUUAACUGCACUACCUUUCACAUAAAUCAGCAGCAGCCCUCGAAAGCUGUCAUUAUCAAAGUGAGUCAUGCAAAUACUAUGGGUGGUAUUCAACUAAUUUUUACUCAAGAGUAGACCUAUUAAAAUACUUGGCCUAAUUUAGCCAUGUUCAUUUACUUUAGAGACAAGCUGCUGUUGGAAUGGCAGCUGAUUUCAGUAUUUGGGAGGAAAAUAGCUACCCCAGCAUCCUCUCUCUGACGUUCCUGCUGUAAUUGUUAAAAUUUGUACCCAGCAUAGAUAUGAGACCAGACUCUGCUCAGCCACAACAGGAAGCCAAGAUGGACUCGAGGGGCAAUAAGAGGGAAUAAGUUUCUCCUGUACAUACUGUAUAUAGAAUGCUUUUGUUUUUACUCAGUAUAGUGGAUAGGCUAUUAUCUUGUAAAAUUUCUGCUUUUAACAACUCAUUAACUUUGACAGCAUUAUGUAUGCUUCCUUGGAAAUCACAACUGUGCAACUGAAAAGCUGAACUCACCUUAAGAAAGUAAAUUAAGCAGCUGGCAUCUUGUUUUAGUAAAAUAGCUACCUUUGCAUGGUGCAUAGUGAUGCACCACUCACCAGUUCUUCCAACAUCUGACACUAUUCCUAUUUUCAGAGGUGAUCAUCUGUAUAUAAAAACUGAGGAAACAGCUCCCCUAAUUUCCAAGUAAGGAUGGAUGUUAUUGUGGAACUAUCCCUUUGGAACAUGCACACUCAAGCAUCAGAUAGGCUGCCUAGAAGUAGAGCUGUUAUCUCUUAACAAUUGUCUGGGAGAGGGGAGGAGCCAAAAGUAUCAACAAAUGCACAUAGCUCAGCAAGUUAAGCAGGUAAUUAAAACUUGCUAAUUUGCCAGUCUGCUGCUUCUACUAAUGUUGUUUGCCAAAGACCUGCCUCUGCUCUCCACAAAGAGGCACAAUCAUCAAAUGAGUACCCUGGAUGCAGGAUUGAAAGCCUUAGCCAUGAACACAAGGAGAGAAAUAGGAUGUCAAGUCAUUCUGUGAAGAUGGCCACAGCCUUUGGCCCAUUUGCUGGUAAAAUAGACCUGGUUAAAGUUUAAAUUGUAAUGAACACGGCAAGUAAUAACUAUGCCCUUGGAUUCUCUCUUAGGAACUAAAUGAGCUCUUAAGAACAUCUCUACCUUUGUUUGUUAGGCUCUUCUCUAACUUCUGAAGUAAAAAUACCAGUAUUUCAAUAUUAUACAGUGGUACCUCUACUUACGAAUAACUCUACUUACGAAUGGAGCUCUGUCCGCCAUCUUGGAUGCAGUUUAGAUAGGAUUUUUUCUACUUACGAUUUUUUAGAUAGGGUUGCUUCUACUUACGAAUUUUUUCUCCCAAUGCAUUCCUAUGGGAUUCGACUUGACAAAUUUUUUCGACUUACAAAUGUGUGUUCAUAACGCAUUAAAUUCGUAAGUAGAGGUACCACUGUAUUUCUGUUUGUUUUAUGAGAACCUGAAGCACUGAAAGAUAGGCAUGUUAAAUGCUGCAUCAAAGAACAUGUGCUUCAGUGCUUCUGCUACAGAGAAAUAAACCACAACUGCUAAGACGGCUUACUGACCCAUCAGGUGAUCAGCCUCAGUGGUGCAGUAUAGAAGGAAUUCCAUCCAGUACAACUUUUCUCACCCCUGUAUGACAUGUUGCACCUGCAAAAAUUCUGUUUCCUGUACAACUAUUAAGAACCUUGUCUUCCCCUGAAUCUGACAAUCUUUUGCACACUUUUGAGCAUGCUCAGUGCAUGCACUCUAAUUCUGAGCAGACUCACUGAUGUUGCUAAAUAAAGGCUUUGACCAUUUA